AUGGAGAAUGAACAAGAUAGAGAGGCUGGUCAGCUCAAGCGUAUUAAUGACCACGUUUGUAAGUUUGUGGCUUGUUAUGAAACGGCUUUGAAGCAGCAAAGCAGUGGACAAAAUGAGAACGAUCUGAUGAAGGCAGCUCAUCACAUCUUCUACAAUGAUCACAUGUUCAAGUUCACCCUUGAACAUGCUUGGCGAGAACUCAGACAUGACCAAAAGUGGUGCUCUGUUUCUGCUGGUAAACAAGGUGGAAAGCCAAAAAGAAGGAAGGUUGAUGCAACUACAACUCAUUCUGAAAGCUCACAAACCCAAAGCGUUGAUGUAGAAGAAGGCUUCGAAGGAAGCAAUCAAGAGAAAAGGCCACAAGGAGUUAAGGCAGCGAAGGCUGCAAAGAAGAAGGGAGUUCACACAGGCCACAAAGAAGGAGAAGAUGAUAUGAAGAAGCUACAAACCAUGUGGGAUCUCAAGGAUAGAGACCUGGCCAUGAAGGAUAAGAUCACUAACAAAAAACUGCUUAACACUCUUCUCCUUAAAAACGAUAUUAACGUACUUGAACGUUCACCUGUAUUUGAUGACAUAUUACAAGGUCGAGCUCCUAAAUUUCAAUACUGGGUUAACGGACACAAGUAUAAGAUGGGAUACUACCUCACCGACGGUAUUUAUCCCAAAUGGGCAGCUUUUAUACCAACUAUUCCACUGCCUCAAGAUGAUAAAGCAUCAUUAUUUGCCACUACCCAAGAAUCUGCCCGAAAAGAUGUCGAGCGUGCUUUUGGAGUUAUACAAGCUCGUUUUGCAAUUGUAAGAAAUCCAGCUCUUUUCUGGGAUAAGGAAAAGAUUGGCAAUAUUAUGCGUGCAUCUAUCAUAUUGCAUAAUAUGAUAGUAGAAAAUGAAUGGGAUGGGUACACUCAGUAUAACAUAGAAGAAUUCCAACAAGGGGAGUCAAGCAGAACUUCACAAGUGGACAAUGAGUACUCUACAGAGACAUCGUCAAACAUCGGAAACCUUAUCGGGAUACGAAAUCAAAUCCGUGAUCCACAAAUACAUGAACGCUUGAAGAAAGAUCUAGUUGAAAAUAUAUGGAACAAAUUUGGCAAUUCUCAAGAGUAG